GGCGAGGGCACUGCGCUCGCCAGUGGAGGCCGGCACCAACCCGCGGGGCUCGGAGCGCGUCUCUUGCACCGUCUGAGCCGUCAGUCUGCUCCGACUGCCUGUUGUGUUGCCCGUCGAGCCACCGCGCCUGGCCCAUCCCGCGCAGACAUGCAUCAGCAGCAGCCAGUCGUCGCCGUCCCCCGGGGCUGUGCCUCCGUGCGGGGACUCUGAGCGCCGGCUGCGCGGCCUCCAUGAGCGCGUGCGGGCCCACCUGCGUGCAGCGCUGAGCCGCCGCGGAGGUCCGGAACCAUCGUCCACCAUGCGCUGGGCCUGGGCUGUGGCCGUGGCCUUCCUCUGGCCGCACCUCGUGCUCCUCGGGGGCGUCGGGGCCCGGCGGGAGCCCAAAAGGCUGCGACAGCCGGGCCAGCGCACGGAGCCCCCCAACGCCACAGUGGCCAACAGCGAGGGCCUGUCUGGCUCCCCCAAGCCGCCCGAGGCCUCGGGACCCGAGUUCUCAGACGCCCACAUGACAUGGCUGAACUUUGUCCGGAGACCGGAUGAUGGGGCCUCGAAGAAACGGUGCCGAAGCCGGGACAAGAAGUCGCGAGGCCUCUCUGGCCCCCCAGGGCCCCCUGGCCCCCCUGGCCCCCCAGGACCCUCCGGUGCAGAAGUCACCCAGGAGGCCCUGCUUCGUCAGUUUCAGGAGGUGCUGAGAGAGGCCACCGAGCGUCGGUUUUCAGGGCCACAGGGCCCGUUGCUGCCUGAGGGGACAGGUGGGCAGCUGAUGGCUGAAGCCUUCCACUGCCGGUUAAAGGGCCCUGUGCUAGUGGACAAGAAGACGCUGGUGGAGCUACAGGGCUUUCAGGCACCCACUGCCCAGGGCGCCUUCCUGCGGGGCUCUGGCCUGAGCCUGGCCUCAGGCCGAUUCACAGCACCAGUGACCGCCAUCUUCCACUUCUCCGCCAGCCUGCACAUAGCUCGCUGUCCCCACAGACCGCAGGGAGCUGCAGAGCAGGGCACGACCACGUGCCCGGGACACAGUGCGGGUGCUUGUCUGCAUCGAGUCCCUGUGCCAUCGCCACACGUCCCUGGAGACCAUCUCGGACCUGGACGGCAGUGGCAGGGUCUUCACAGUGUCUGUGCAGGGGCUGCUACAGCUGCAGGUGAGGCCGGAGGGGCUGGGCGGGUCGGGAAGGGUCCUGUGCCUCCCAGCCUCAGUGUGGACACCGCCCAGCCCAGCAAGCGGACAGACACUGGCCAUGUGGCCACUCAGGCCCUGGAAGCCCCCAUGGCCUGGGGCGUGUGCCACUUGGAGGGUGUCAUCAUUCCACGCACUGCCCAAUGGUGGGGCCUGUGAGUGCUGACGUCCACUGUGGGGUAUCUGCAGGCUGGACAGUAUGCCUCCGUCUUCGUGGACAAUGGCUCCGGGGCAGCACUCACCAUCCAGAGUGGCUCCAGCUUCUCCGGCCUGCUCCUGGGCA